CUCAUCUUCGCGGACGAGCGAUCUGAAUCUAUGACCACAGUGCAACUCCAAGACAUGCUUGCCACGAGGGAAAUCUCGGGUCUCAAGGAAAGACAGUCGAGUUCGAGACUUACUAGUCUCAAUUAUAGCUGCUCUUCCCGCGUAUAAAGAGCGGACCCUCUGACUCGCCCCGCACAUUUGUCCUCACUACGAUCACAACCAACGCUAUGGCUACCAACAUCCCCUGCAUUGACAUGGCGUUCAGCACCGACGUCUUCGCCAUGAUGGAGCUUGAGCCGCGCAGUAGCCUUCCCGAAACCGUCACCGGCAGGCCCGUCGUGACGCGCGCACGCAGCGGCACCACGCACCAGCGUCGGCAAACCGAGGGGCCAACCCAGCUGGACGUACAGGCUCGCGCCUCAACGGCUCGUCCAGCGAGUGCGUUGGCGAAGGGCAAUACGGGAUCGCGAGCCGAGCAGUCUGAUGAUCUGGGAAGGGCGUGAACGAGGACGUGUAUGUUUGAAGUUCUGUGACUCUCGGGCGAACGUCGUACGAAGAGCAAGUGUAGUAUCCACUGUGGAGCGAGAGAAGUCAGUGCUCAAUGGAUCAGGGUGUUUCUCAUGCAUCAUACAAUCGGAAUCGCGCGCUGUAACUAGUCAAGGUACCUCUCUGGUGAGUCUGUACCGCAUUAACCAGUGAUGGGAUAUAUAUGCAUUGGCCGGAUGGGCGAAAUUCCCC